AUGGAAACAAAAAGUGACUGCGUUUGUCAUCCUGCCAUAUCAAGCACCUCGACAUUUAAGCAAAUUCCCCACAACGAUGCUGAAGCCAAGGGUAAAGAAAGAGAGGUUGAAAAAGAAGCUGAAAUAACAUAUAUAGAAGCAAAUAACCUUUCAGGCCUGAAGCUUUCUAACAGCAAGGUGAACUCUCCUUCUAGACUGUCAAUGGCAUCUUCAAACGGGGUUCACAAAACAAAGGCGAAAAGGAUGCAUUUCUCAUGCAAAUUUUGCAGCCAAAUGUUCCCUAGUGCCCAAGCAUUAGGUGGCCACCAAAAUGGUCACAAACAUGAGAGAGCCUUGGCUAAAGAAUUGAAAAGAAUAGUGGAUAUGCCUUCUAUAAGGCACAUAGACAGUAGCUAUCUAGGCAUGGUAACUCUUCCUCUUGAACAUUCAUUCACUGGAAAUCUAGGGAUGCAUAUGCACUUAAUGAAUCAUCAAUCUACUUACCCUAGGCCCCAUCCUCUACCUGGUUAUAGAUUUGAAAAGCAGUCAAUGCCAAGUACUAAGAGCCUGCAAUCCACCAUGCCCCAACUGAUGAUGGAGGAUUAUUCUGAUGGAAUGAAGAGCUUCAACAGGAGGGCCAUGUUUCAUACUUUGGGGGGUCUUUCUGGUUGUGAGGACCAGCAAAAGGGUAUAGAAUUGAAGAAUGAGCAGCAUGAUACUAUGGGGCUUGACUUAUCUCUUAAGCUUUGA